AUGCCACCGUUCAAGCUUCUGACACUUACUCCCAGGCCACUUUUGACACCAAAGUCAUCAAUCAAGAUCUUCCUUGCACUUGGCGUCGUCUGCUUAUCACUGGGGGUAUUCUGGCUAGUUCAAAAUGACAACAUUCGAGAGAUGCAGAUAGACUACACAAAGUGCGACGAGAUCGAAUCCUUCGACGAGCUUGAAGUUAUGCCACCAGACAACGUCCGAAAACGCUUCAAGGCUUCGUCAGCGGGCCAGCCUGUGGACCAGUGGAAAAGGUCGAAUCAGUCCGUGACCUUCGACGGAGUUACCAAGAACUACACUCUUUGCACAAUAGAAUUCUUCCUACCUGAAGACUUGCAGCCCCCAGUUCUGUACUACUACCGGCUUACGAAUUUUCAUCAAAACCACCGUCUCUAUGUCAACUCUCGUCAUAAAGACCAACUGAAGGGCGAGGCGGUGUCAUUGAAUAGCAUCGAGAGCUCAGAUUGCGCUCCGGUGGCAUCAAGAAAUGUUGCUGGUAGUGCAGAGGAGAAAAUUGUUUACCCUUGCGGCAUGAUAGCCAACUCAUACUUCAACGACACUUUCGCGAACCCGCUGCGCAUACCGAGUGGUACAAACCGGACCGUUCCAUACAACAUGACAUCGGUCGGUAUCGCCAAGAGUGUUGAAAAGGGACUGUAUCAACCGAGCAAAUACCAAGUACCAGUCACCGCCCAGUCCAAUGACAGCGUCAUUGUGCCUCCUCCAGGUUGGGCAGAGAGGUAUCCCAACGGAUAUCAUUCAGGCAACAUGUUUAAUCCAGCAGAAGAUGAGUCUUUCAUGGUGUGGAUGCGAACAUCCGCUGCCUCAUCGUUCAGCAAGAUGGCUAUGCGCAACAAAGACGAAGUGAUGGAGAGAGGCAUCUAUCGCCUUGAUGUCAUUUCCCGUACGUUUGACACACCAUCCCCCGAUACCAAUGACCCGACAUAA